GACCUAUCCGGACUCGGCGGGUGGGUCCGGCCCCGCGGGCCGCUGGGAGCCAGGUUAGGGGGGAAACUUGCGCAAGGUCUGGUGGCGGUUGGAGGGGGUGCACAGCGGGACCCAGAGCGGGGCCUGGAGUUACAGAUGCCAUGUGGCCUGUGUUUUGGACAGCGAUUCGUGUCUAUGCCCCCUAUGUCACAUUCCCUGUGGCCUUUGUGGUGGGGGCUGUGGGCUACCACCUGGAGUGGUUCAUCAGGGGGAAGUCGCCCCAGCCUGUGGAGGAAGAGAAGAGCAUCUUAGAGCGUCGAGAAGACCGAAAGUUGGAAGAGCUAUUAGGCAAGGACCUCACUCAGGUGGUGAGCCUUAAGGACAAGCUUGAAUUUGCUCCCAAAGCUGUAUUGAACAGAAACCGUCCUGAGAAGAGUUAAUGGAGGGCCCUGGCCCCAUAGUUCCUUCCAAGGACCUGUCUAAGUGGCAAUCCAUGGCCACUAUCUUUUUCCUACCCUUCCUAGAACCUCCAUCUGAUUUGCUUUGCUCCUUGUUCUGACCCUUUCGCCUCAUCUUGUCCACCCCUGUUUCCACUCUUCCUCCCCUUGAUUGCCAGGUUGUUUCCAUCAAUCUCCAUGGGCACUUUGCUGCUACCACCCUAUGAUUAUGCUGCUGUCCAGCCUGUGGAGAGACUAUCAAAGAGAACUCAGGUUCCCAGGAGGAUCCCUUUAUCUCAUGGUGGCUACAACUGCUUAGGCCUUUCAAGCUUGGGACUGUGCUAGUGGGGUGAGCCAGCUUACUCAUCAUGCCUCCAGUAAGAGGCUAGAGUUGGCCCUGGGACUGUUUGAUGACCAGUGAAACAUCAGCUCUUGGUCUCUGGGGGAAGUCUGGAGUUUGGCUUCAUGUAAGCACAGCCAGAAUUUGGGAUCAGCCUUUGUCUCCUCCCAGAGGCUGUUUAGGCCAGUGAGAUGUUGCUGCCAUUCCUGGGCCGCAAUGCUUUGGAGUGAAUUCUAAAAUGAGCCUUGUCUCUUCUCCCAUCCCAUUCCCUGUUCUUAUUUUUCCUGGAAGCCCUCCCUAUGUGCCCUGGAAGGGGAUUGGAUUUCCAUGGGAAGGACUGCUGCUGGUUCUUAAAAGGAGACUGUUCCUGCUGGGGGGAGGGGGAGCAUCCAUCUGCUGAAUUUGCUUGAAAAUGCCCCCUUUGCUGUAGAGUACAAAUUCAAUUAAACUGGAGCCUGA